GAUUUCACAUUUCGUUGUCGAGUGCCGUUGGCGGUGAUGGAUCAGAGAAUCCAAGAAAGCAAUAAUUAGUUGCUGUACUAGUUGGCAAAGUCGGGGAUCGCGAGGAUUUGCAGCUGUAGACAUUGUUGGUGCUUAGGACAGUAAAACGCUGAUCUCAGGGCGCAGGUCUCUUGCCGACUUACCCAAUAUUGGCUGACUGGCAUUCGCUGAACCUCCGUCGUGUGUGUUCCCGUAUCGGCCGUGUACUUCACCAUUGGACGUGACGACGCUGUUUUUGGCCUGGUUUACGUCGAGUAGAUUCUCCUAGCUCUGCACGCUGAUCUCUGUCUCUGCUGUGCAACCUUCUUGGACAGGGCUGUAGUGGAGGAGUACUGCCGUGUGAUCCUGCCUGAGACGUUCCGUCUAUCCUGCUCCUGCAUACUGAGCAGUCUGCUGAACUGCACUGCACUGCCACUAGUCUAGAGCAGUGUGGCCUGUUGCUUGCUCUCAGGUGACUGACGGUGCACUGCCGUACUGAGUAGUAGUACUUCUACUAGCAGUGACCGAGAUCAUGUCCUCGCGACGAAAGAGCUCCUGCACUACUCCUGACGGCGAGGAGGCGAAAGCAGCCGUGGCCAAAGAGCAGCCCGACGGUGCCUCCUCAGCUGGCGAGGAAGAGUCGGAUGAGUCGGAUGAGGACUACGAUUUUCUGUACAGUCUGAGUAUUGAGUUGACUCACGCGUACCGAAUACUGCAAUGUUUGACCGUAGACAACACAGCGUGGCCUUUCCUCCAUCCAGUCGACGUGGAGGGCAUGGGCCUUGCUGGCUACCAUGAGGUCGUGGAGCGGCCGAUCUGCUUCAAAGAAAUCGAAAACAAGUUCCGCACGGGCAAGUAUGAGAGUCUGACGGAGUUCGUGGCGGACGUUCGCCUGCUGCUGUACAACUGCUAUCGCUUCAACGGUGCGCAGCACAGUAUCUCAAAGAUGGCACAGCGCAUUGAGCAUAUGCUGGAGCAGAAGAUCGCCUUGCUGCCCAAACAAUAUCGAGACAAAGCGUCCCUGCUCAACACUCUGAUGUACAUCGACCCGGAGCGAUACGAGGAAAAGAAGAAAAGCGCCGAAUCGGCCGCCGUGAUGGAGGCAGCAGGAAAGCGAGUCCGUCAGUCGCGCACGUCCAACUUGGUCACUCCGCCAUCGCACUCUCAGCUGCUGCAGCUGCUGAAAGAGUCCAACAGUCUUCAAAAGCACCACGGCCAGCACCACCACUACCCGCAAGCGCCAGUUGCGGGCACCAAGACCAGAAAGCACGAGCAGAAAUCUCGCUCCACCGCCGCCUCCACUACUGCUGCUGCGGCCGCUGGCCCCGAUUCAGGAUAUGCAUCGGUGAAACAGGCGGGCGGCGCUGAAUCGUGUGCAACAGUGCCCGCUGCCGCUUCGUCGUUGUCGUCAUCCGCGCCUAGCGCAUCGCGGACUGCUCAAACAGCUACGAGCGCUAGCAGUAGUCACAGCAGUAGCGUAGCCCACAGUAAGACCUCUGCUACGACGCCGGGCACAACCGAGCCUCAGCAAUCCACCCCCGACAAGAAGACAUCGUCGUUGUCCGGUGCCUCGUCUUCAGCAACAACGACUAAAAAGGAGGUGUAUGGUAGCAAGAAGCGGAGCAAGCUGGCGACGGCAGACAAGGAGGAGAAGAAGACGAUCGGUGCCACCGGAGGCACUGCACGCCGCACGUCUAGCGACGACGCCAAACCCAAGGAGGCAGCGGCGGCGGAAAAGAAAUCGACCGCGGCGACGGCGGGAGGCAGUAAAAAGACCGGCGCGGCGAAGUCGACGGCGGCAACGACGAAAAAGCCGUCGACCGCAGCAAGCACGCCGAGUAGCAGCAGUAUAGCAAAGUCAAACGAGACGACAACAGUAACAACCUCGGUAACCACGGCAUCAACUGUAGCUAAAUCGACGUCAAAGUCCUCAACUAGUUCCCAGAGCCAGAGUGUUGCCACGAGCGUGUGCAGCGCCAGUGAGAGUCGUACUGUGACAAGCAAGUCAAUAUUCACAGCUGCAACCUCUAUAUCGACAGCAUCUCCAGCGGUAACAGCAGCAGCAAUGACUGCAGCACCGGCCGUUCGCCGCGAGAAAUCCGAACGCCUGGUGCAGUGGAUUUCGCGUGAAGUGGAGCCACAGCUGGUGGUUCUAGAGGGCGUAUGUAAGGUGUCUCUGAUAUCACUCUUCUUGCAUAAGUACGGAGAAGUUCUCCAGUUGCCGAACAUGAGCCUGUGUGACCUGGAGAUUGGUCUGAUCUUUCCGCAACAGUCGACACUGAUGUCACGUCUUAUGACCGCUCUGCUAGUUCACCCUCAGAUCCGAGAACGUGUGCUGCGGUCUCGGCAGCCAAUGACCUAUCGCCUGUGGAACGUCUGCGUCAUCCGUCUGCUCCACUGCUGGAGAACGGUGGUGGAGCAGUACGGAGAGAGCAAGGCACGGCAUUUGUUUCGAGUAUCCUCGGCCGCACUCGCACUUGCAAAUAGUGCACUGACUAACGACUUUCACCACUCCAAUCUGAGCCGGCGUGCCGACAUACUCCAUGCCCUGUGUGAUUACGCACUGAGUUGUCAGCUUCAGUUUGAUGGAGAGAGGGUCAACAAAUACCAGAGAGAAUCCGGGGAACCGGAGAUCCUGGGCCUGGACAAACGCAACCGGAUCAUCUUCCACCUGCCGUCUAUCACGCAGCAGGACAUACGUCUUUAUCGACAGAAAGCCGAGAGACCGGCCUCGUCGUCUGCAUCCUCAGCAUCCUCUGAGUCCGACCUUAGCCUGAGCAACCGGGGUGGCAGCAGCAGCGACCGAACAAUGGCUGUCAGCCUGGAGCGACCGUUCUCGCUGCUCUGCCGCGGCUUCAAGCUGCUCAGGGCGAACAUAGCCGCGGCCGAGCAACGCGCCAGCACCAGCCGUCUCCACGGCAACCUGUGCACGUUUGUGCGCGACUGGUCGGCCGCGGAAGUGCGCAUGGAAACGGAGCGCACGGUGUCUAUGGAGCGUGGCAUGGAGGACGCGGACACCUACGAACGCGAGGCCAAGCUGGACCGGAAGAGGGCGGCCGGCAGUGGAGGUGGCAAAGCGCCCGACCUCUACCACAUCGAGCACCGCUCCCUGGCCAGCCCGUCAUCAGGCUUGGUGUCCGCCGGCUCUGGCCAGGGCGGCAGGGCCAAGCCGAGCAAGGUGGCGGCAAAGGCGGCCGCUCUCAUCGCGUCCAACACCUACGCGGGUCUGGAAACGGCGGCCUGCACCGGCACCGGGUUCAUCCUGCACGUCACCACGCACGACUCAUCCUCUUCCUCCUCCUCCGGCGCUAGUGCUGCUGGUGGUGGUAUGUCUAGUCCAUCCGCAGGCGGUACCGGUAGUGGUAGUGCUGGCUCCAGCAGUGGUGCCGCGCAUCAGAUCUGGGAGCGCGACGAGCGAAUGUGGCUGUUCAACUCGGCGAACCCGGCCAGCGAGCGCUCUCUCAACGUCUCGUUUCAGCCGUCGUCUGCGCGCGCGCUCACCUCCACGGCAACGAGUGGCGUGUCAAGCAAGGUGACUGCCACGGCCACCACCGCGGCUGCUGCUGCGGCUGCUGCCGCUGCCCUGUUGCCGGUGAUUACGACCGUGUCGCAGCGCAGCACGCCGUGCGUGUCGAGCAAGGCUGCGACCACACCUACGACCGUGACCAGUCCUGUGUCUCCCAGCAUGCCUCCUCUGCAGCCGUCCUCCAAGACUUCUUCAUCGGGCUCGCGCGGUAAGGCUCGCUCCAGCAGCGUCACGUCGGCUCAAUCAUCGUCCCUUCCGCCGUCGGUUGUACCGUCCCAUAUCGGCUCUAUCGCCACCGCCUCUACUAGCAUGCAAAGCAUCUCUAAGUCGAGUUCAGCGGUAUAUGCCACCGCAGCAGCAGCAGCAGGAGCAACACCCAACGCUCGCCUCUCCUCCAGCGCCAAACCGGCAGCAACACCGCCGUCGUCGUUUCCGGGGGCAACCGCAGCAGCAGCAGCGCCACUGCGACACAAGCGCACAUCCGUGGACUCGCGGGAACGGUCCCGGGGGACGGCGCCCGCAAGCUGCGGAGAGCCGCCAGUGCUGCAACCGUCCGCCUGCAUCGUCACAGGCGCGUCGUUGAGUACGAGCAUGCCCGCGUUUGUGUCGUCAGCUAGCGGCACCACAACAACCGCCGCGACCGCCACCUCUCAGCUGUCCGAGGUACAGUCUCGUCCCAAGUCGGUGCCCGCGGCGGAGGUCCGGCCUGUGAAGCGGGCACCAGUCGGCGGCGAUGCGGAGGCAAGCGCUGCAGAGCCCAAGGCCAAGCGCGUCCUGCACCCGUCCGCAGCAUCGUCCUCGUCGCACCACGGCAAGGAGAGGCCCGGUCAGGCUGCGGCUGGCGGCGGCGGUGGUCAUGCGCCACCGCCACCGCCACUGGUCAAGGAAGUGGACGUCAAUCGUCACGGUGCCGCUCCUCCGUCCGCUUACGACUACCACCACCCCCACCAGCACCGCCACUCGUCGUCAGGGUCGUCAUCGGCAACGGCAGCGCCACCAUUGGGCAUGAAGCACGACAAGACGUCGUCGUCUAGCUCCACGCAUCAUCAUGCACCGCCAGGUCACGGUGCUCCCUCGGCCGCUUCAAAGCCUGUUCCCAUGGAUACCGGUGGUCGCAUGACUGGCGACUCAAAGUCGUCGACGUUCUCCGUGGCCGGCAUCCUGUCGAGCAAAGCCAAGCCGGAGAAGGAUGAUAUGCAUGGAAUGGCCGCCUCAGCUGCUGCGCCGCCAACCUCUGCACAACCUCAUCCGUCUGCACAGCAUGCACAGCUUGCCCAGCACGCACAGCAGGCAGUGCAUGUUGCCUAUCAACCAGCCUCCGCUCAGUACGCCGCCUACGGUGGCGCUGCGAGCGCGGAGGCACAUGGACUCGUGCCCAGGGCGUACGAGGUGCAGCAGGCACGGCAUCACCCGGGGCAGCAGCACGUUGUAGCUGCUGCUGCGGGUACGCCCUCGCAGGCGCAAGUUCCGCCGGGCGCCGUGCUGGCCUCCGCGGAUCCUUCUGUUGCUGGCGGCACUGCGUCAGCGCAUGCACCGCAUAGCAUGCAGAUACUGGUGCACCCGUCUCAGCUAGGGGCGGCCGCAGCUGCCAGCGGCUCGGGGGCGCCUCCCGGCUGCAUUCCCGCCGGCCAGCAGUUCUACGUGCAGCAGCAGCUGCCCAGCGGCGAGGUCUACCAUAUCCCGGUGCAGGCGGCAGCCGCCCCGUCAAGCGCAGAUCAACAGGCAGCCAUGCAAGCUUACCAUCAGACUGCACAAGCAGCAGCCAGUGGUGCCACCGCCGCCGCCCUACAGCAGCAUCAGCAGCAGCAGCAGCAGUACGCCAUACCCGUAUCCAUGGGAACGCCUCCGAUGCCGCCGCACGCCGGCGUCCAGUACCACCACUACCAGAUGGCGUCGGGCCAGACCGCCACGGUUGCUAUGGCGCCGCAGCAGUCGUCGCAGCAGCCGCAGCAGUACUACAUGCAGGUCCCCGUGCAACAGCAGCAUCAGGGUGGUGCUGCAGGUCCACCGGGGACUCCCACCAUGCAGCAUGCCAUGGUACAACAGCAGCCGCAGGCAACGCCGCCGCCGCAUCAACACCAUGUGUCUCAGCGACGCGCAUAGUGCUUCUCUAAGGCGUCAGAUACGGACUUGCUUCUGUCAGGUGUCGGAUAUGGACUUGCUUCUGUAAAAUAGAUUGUCCUGGUGGAAUGACUUGGUCGUUCUGGAGUCGGACUGGAUUGUGGAACGAUUUGAACUUGUGUUUUGUAAAUACUUGCCGCGAGGCGUGGCUGUCUGCAGGCUUGCCUCCCGUGUGUCUAUAACGUUACUGUCCAUAGCAACAACACGGCUACGGUGUGUGCGUGCAUGUGUGUGUGUGUGGGUGUGUGUGUGGGUGUGUGUGUGGGUGUGUGCUUUAUUGAAGUGCGCUGUAAUAUCUUCGUUGCUAUCAUCCCGCUCGCUGCUGCUGCUACAACUACAGUGUACAUGUACAUAAUGGAACAGACCCACUGGACUGCAUCAUCGUCGGAAAACGCCAGUGUCUGGUGUCUGGUGCCUGGGUGUGACGUUUAACCGCGACCCCUCUCCAUCCCCAAUGCUGCUGUAAAUAGUGUUAUAAUUAUUAUUGCUAUUAUAGACCCCCCCCCCCCAGCUGCUACUGUAAAUUUCAAAAUUCAAUGUCAAUGCUCGUGUUCUCUUUCUGAAUCCUCCUUUUAAAAUUUAAUCGUCCCUGUCAAGGCAUGCACAUAAUUGUAUUGUGAUGUCAUAGUCUGUGUGUGUCUGUGCGCACGCACACAGCAGAUUUUGGCAACAUUUACAAUGGUUGCUGAUGCGCUGCUACAUGAUUUCACUAUUCGCUGUACCGGCCGGGCAUUUGGUGUGUACUCCAUGCUCCAGUGUGGCCUCUCUGCUGCUCCUUUCUUGUUCAUAUUUAAUUUUUUUAACUUGAAUGCGAUGGUGAAAACGAG